UUUGUGAUCAAAACCCAUACCAGUCCAAAUCCAUAAAAUUUGACAAGACAAUUUUUAAGUCAUGAAUCGGAAAAUUUUGUACUCGAAAACGACCGAUUCGUACUCUGAGAAAGUACUAAUCGGGGAAUGGUUCGAACGUCGUCACAAUAAGGUACCACCAGUACCAAAAAAUCACGAUUUUCUUACAGUUUACAGAGAAUCUUUCACUCCCAAGCCGUACUCGAAAUGGGAUUCGGCCCUCAUGUGGGAUCAUUUAUUGAAAAACGAAGACAGCAAUUUUAUUUCUCAAAACGAAUGUUACGAGAGUACAAAUUUUUUUCAUAAGUACAGUAGUACCAACGAUUUGGCUUAUAAUUAUUUCCCAAAAUGUGUCAAAAAGCCGAUUGAAAGAAAAUGGCGGUUGAAGAAGGGGCACCACGAACCUAUAGACGAAUUUCUCCCUAGUUUUGGCAAUUGGACCAAUUUUGGUCUAGUAAAACAAAAAAAGGGACAGUGGGAAUGCGACAAGGAUUUCAGACCUUUUACAAGCUACGAAGUUGAUUUUAGGGCCCCCAAACCUGAAGAUUACAAGUUUGAGAAAUUUUCAUUUAAAAAAGUAAAUACGUGUAAAAAUGGCAACAAGGAAAAAGCUAGGAGACAAAGAUAAAUCACUAUUUUAUAUUCAUGUCUAUACACAUUAUUUUUAUCAAAUAUAUUUGUUUUAAG